AUGUCGCAUAUUUGGAGCAUUAUUACCAACCAGGAAUCCUUGUGGGUCAAAUGGAUCCAUUCUUACAAGAUAAAAGGCAGAAAUUUUUGGGAGAUUCAAAGUCGUGGGGUUUUGACUUGGAGUUGGCGAAAGAUUUUAUCUAUUCGUCCGUUGGUCAGACCUUAUGUUUGGAAGUUAAUUGGGAGUGGUUCCCAAACAAACGCGUGGAGUGAUAAUUGGUGCUCGUGCAGUCCGAUCCGAAACUUUAUUACACCAAGGAGAAUUGCCCAAGCGGGUUUUAAUUUGCAAACUACUGUUGCAGAGCUUGUAGACGCUAAUGGCAACUGGCGGUGGCCUCAGGCAUGGUACGACUUAUUCCUAGUACUCAUAAAUGUCAUGGCUCCUUCUCUUGUUCCUGAUUCGGUUGACAGACUGGGAUGGAGAGAGGUGGGAGGGAAAAUUGUGCAUUUUAGCUCUUGGGAAGCUUGGAAUAAUCUUCGGGUAAAGGAUAACAAGGUGGCUUGGGUGAAUAUGGUGUGGUAUGGCCAAUGCAUUCCAAGACAUUCUUUUCAUCUUUGGUUAGUUCUAAAGAAUAAGCUGAAGACACAAGAUAGAUUGGCAGUUUGGGAAGCGGGGAGUGAAACAAAUCUACGUCUUAUGUGCUGUCCUCUUUGUAACUAUGGACGAGACUCAAGAGAUCAUUUAUUCUUUCAAUGCUCUUAUGCGGCCAAGAUUUGGAGCAUUGUCAAGGAAAAAGUUGAUAUGGUAAAUGUAAACGAUUCAUGGAGCUCAAUCAUGGCAUGGAUAGAGCUGAAUGCGAGUUCAAAGACUCUGGAACACAUUGUGUGUAAGUUGGUGGUAGCGGCCUCUACAUACUUUAUAUGGCAAGAACGGAAUAAUCGGCUGUUUUCCAACAUUCACAGGAAGGAAGAGACGGUGGCACAGAUUAUUUUGGAUAUGGUGCGGCUUCGUAUAAUGAGUUUCAAGAUCGGACGUCACGGGAAUAAUAGGAAGCUUUUGGAAACCUGGGGAGUAAGAGAAGACGAACCGGGCUAA